AUGUCGUCUCCCAAGGAACGCUCCUCUCCUUCAAUAGAAUCACAUCUCCUCAAGAAUCUCAGCACCGUUCCAGCAUGUAGGGCCAUUCUGGGGUACUAUGAUACCAUCAAGACAUCCAACAGAUUUCUGGACAUGGGGCUGACCUACGUGGAGACGGGCGUGUGCACGGUCGUGGGUAACGUAACGAAACAUUCCUGGGCGGGUUCCACUUUAGACGAGUACGCUGGGUACGGAAUAGAGAAACUCAAGGUCCAGUUUCCAAUUCUGGAAAAACCACCGAAAAAACUGAUGACAAAGACGAAGCGUAAGACCAUGAAGAGAGUAAAGAUAGGUGCUGCCAGUGUGUUUGACAGUCGAAUAGGAAAGAUGUUCACGUCUGGCCUCAAAGCCGCCCUCAGUGUUUCCGAGAAUUUUCUAAAUGGACUUCAACCGCACGGACGCAAGACACCAAGGAAACAGGACGAACGGAAGGAUGGGCUUGACCGGACGGAAAAAAGAGCAGACGAGAAAAAUGUGACGACGGUGUCGAGUAAAGAGCAACAGACAGAAAUCAGUGGAUCAGAUUUAAUCCAACAGAAAAUGGAGGCCACGGUGGAGGUUGGACCCGUGUCAAAACUCCAGAUACUUCUGAUGGAGAUAGUGUUGUUUCCACUGGAGCUGACGGUAGAGCUUUUGAGAAUUGUCCAUGAUCUCAUACCUGGUUCCACGAAGACGGCGCCUAGCCGGAGGUCUGCUCGGAAAGCUAAGACCACUAGCAUAUCUCCUGAGAAAAAGAUGGAGAUCGAAUCAAGACGAAAGGUAUCCCCUAGAAAGCGGAUUAAUUCGUCGUUGCUGGGAAACCUGAAGAAAGUGACGUGCAAGAUGUUAGGUUUCGACAUAUCGACUAAAAAACAGAGUGAUAUCAGGGAUUUCAUCAAGUGUAGCAAACACCGGGGACUAAACAUUGAUCCCGCGGUAGACGGAGAUGACACAGAGAAGAAAAGAAAACAUGACGACAUGUCUGACGGGUCGGUGUCAACGGAUGAGGAUUUGAUGUACAUGGACUUGGACGACUACGAAUCCGACGAAGAUCCGGAUUACGAGCCGACAGACAGCAGCCUUAGCGACGUUAGUAUAGACUCUGAAGAAGGAGUGAGCGAGGGAGAAUUGGAGACGGAGAAAAUGGCUGGCGAAAUGUAUCAGUUGAAGGAAAAGGAUGGACAAUAUCCAUUGAAACCGGAUGACAAGACACCAGCGGAACCCAAAACCGACCAGAAAGCAACCAAACAAGAAGACAAACCACCACUUCCAUCUAAACCCGAUAUCAAAAUUGACCCAAAGAUACAAGCAUCGCCAAAACCAGACCAAAAGUCCCAAAAUUCAGCCAAGCUAGAUUCCAAGACAUCAAAGUCCCCCAGCAAGGACCAGAAAACACUUACAACCGGGCCGCUUGUAGAGGAUAAAAACAAAAAUGUGUGUAAACAACCUCCAAAAGGGACGGAUGGACAAUAUCCAUUGAAACCGGAUGACAAGACACCAGCGGAACCCAAAACCGACCAGAAAGUAACCAAACAAGAAGACAAACCACCACUUCCAUCUAAACCCGAUAUCAAAAUUGACCCAAAGAUACAAGCAUCGCCAAAACCAGACCAAAGGUCCCAAAAUUCAGCCAAGCUAGAUUCCAAGAUAUCAAAGUCCCCCAGAAAGGACCAGAAAACACUUACAACCGGGCCGCUUGUAGAGGAUAAAAACAAAAAUGUGUGUAAACAACCUCCAAAAGGGACGGCAACUAACCCCUCAACAGUCCCUGCGAAAUAA